AAGCAAGUCUUUUUUGCUGACAGUAGCCACAUGAUAAACACGACAUUGCAGGACCUCCUCGCGUAAAAAACAUGUGCGAAUAGGACUAAAGAUAAACUAGCAGCUGAACUAAAUUAGUAGGCUACUAUAUGAAAGAACGAACAAACGCCCCAACAAAAUCGGCGUGACGCACAGACCUGCAGUUUUUUAAAUGUCAUAAUAAAGCGCAUGAGAUAAAGAUUUCAAGAUUCCUUCAGAUUUCCCUUUAUUCGGUCGUCGAGCCUGGGUCCAUUCGCACAUACAAAAAGUAAUCUAUCGUUUUCUUUAGCUUAGUGCAGGGUCUGGCGUAUAUCAAUAAAACUGGUGUUUCAGUACACACGAGGAAGGUCCAUUUUCUUUAUUUUAGUGCAGACGUUUGGCUGGGAUCAGACUGGCAACAGUCACCCACAAAAGAGCUGGAGCAGCAGGCAGCAGGACCCUGGCCUGUGGCUGGUGUUUAUAAGUCGGAAGGUCUUGGUAAAUUGCCAUGUGGAGAGGCUAGCCCAGCUCUUUUUUUCAUUCAGCAUUCCGCGCCAAUCCUCCGUGACACGGGGAAAGUUUGCUGGUUGCUUAGCACCACAGCCCCUCUCCUCAGGCCUUCCAUACUGAGCGCAGUAGGCACACACAUCCGUGUUUUCUCUGCUCCGGACACAGUUCAGAUGAUUGGUGUGUAUUCCUGGAGGGCUCUCAGAAUAGCAACAUGUUUGCCCAGAGACCACGGGCAGCAGCUAAAAUGCAAGUUGAUAAGGCCAGAACACCACAGCUCAGUUGCCUUCAAUGCAAAUACCGCUUUGAUUGCUUUUGACUGACCUGCUCACAAGGACAUCAUAUUCAGCUUUUGAUUUGAAGUGCAAGAGGGGGGAGAUUCGUUUACAACUCUUUACAGAGGAAUAGUUGUCUUUGAUUCUAGUCGGGCAAACACGCGACGAAAGGAAGAAAAGAUAACUAUCCAGUGAAAUCUACUAUCCAGCUGAGGGCCAUGCUGAAUUACAUAUGAGAUGUCUUUCUCUACAAUGGGGAUGUUUCUCCUGUGUCUUAUCCUGGCUUUACACAGUAUGUGUUCCUAUUUCAUCAGUGUCUAACAUUAAACCACUGUUCCUAUGCAUCUCCAGCUCCUUUUCUGAGUCUGUGGCAGGCGUGGUGGGCGUGACGCUUUCAGAUGGCAGGCUCCUGGGCACUCCGUGGGCAGCGGCGCUGUGCUGUGACCUGGCGGAACAGGCACGCUCGCCCCGCUGCCACAUAAGCCCCCACAGCAGCUCUCUGGCAUCUCUCAAUCAUCUUCCCAGCAGAGGAGUUGUCUGUUUGAACAUCCUGUGCUGGGUUGAUGGGAACCUGGAAAAUGUCAUUUGUAAUCUAAAGCUUUACGUCGGACUGUCAGACACCAGCAGGCCCAUUGCAAUUAGCUUGCAGCGUUUGCCGUCACAGUUUGGUUCAGACAAUGUGACAGACAGUGGGGCACACAGCAAAUGUGAGGGACAAGAUGUCCGGACAUGUUCUGUUGCCCUCCAUUCAGUCAACAGCACGGUGUCUCUGAUGAUUUCCAUUUCCGAUGGUUCCAGCUCUGUGCAGUCACCAGUAAUGGACAUUGUCCCACUAAGUUUCUUGAAACCAGAUCCCCCAUUGAACCUGCAGUAUCACAUGACUAUAGAAGGGGAGCUGAGAUUGAGCUGGACCCAUGUUCUACCCAGCGCUGAACGCUUUGUCUACGACAUCCGCUACUCCUCCAGCUCCUUGCACUCCUGGAUGCGCAUGAGUGCAGAGGGUGCUCCUGGUGCCUCCCUUAAGGGGCUUAGUGUAGGGCUUAACUACACUGUCCAGGUGCGCUGCAAGACCCCAGGCAACCAAGGCGUGUGGAGUGACUGGAGCCGCCCCCUUUACGUCUACCUAAACGAAGUGAGUUAUAUCCCUGAAAGAUUAUUCACCAGCACGGGGUCCAACGUCACAAUUUACUGCAUUUUUAACAACCGAAGCCACAGUGCUAAAAAUGCAGUUUGGUGGCUGAGCUACCAGAAAGUUCCAGAGAGCCAGUACACCAUUAUCAGUGACCAUGUGAGCAGUGUCACUUUGCUGAACGUGAAACCACUGAAACAACGAGGAUAUGACAUCCUCCACUGCUGCCAACGAGAGGGAGAGAAGUCACUGUGCAGCUUCCCCUAUGCCCAGAUUUACGUUAAGGAUAUCAGCGUUGCCAUAUCCUGUGAAGUCGAUGGCGAUCUCACAGCCAUGACCUGCACCUGGAAUACCAGCCAAUGGGCUGAGGUCAGGUGUCUCUAUCAAAGGCAUAUGCUUCCCUGUGAAGAGGAGAUGGAAUUGCCUCCUGCUGUGGAGUGUCCUGUGUUGGGGGCAAAGAGUUGUAGACUUGAGCCCCUAUUCCUGACCUCUUGCUACAUAAUGUGGGUAGAAGGAAGGGAGCAGGAGGGCACGGUCAAGUCCCACCCUAUCUAUAUCCUGCCCAUGGACUUGGUGAAGCCCCAUCCUCCAUUUGAUCUGGGAGCCACCUUUCUGCCGGAUGCUCAUCUAAGUAUCUGGUGGAAGAGGCCUGAACUGCCUGUCUAUGAGCUCCAGUUUGAGGUCCGGUACUCAGUGGACAAAGAUGACACACUGCAAAAGGUAAUCAGGUCCGUGUCCAAUCAGUCAGCCGUGGUCCCGGUUGUGGAUCCGUGUGUGGUGUACACCAUUCAGGCACGCUGCAAGCGGCUUGCUGGACCUGGAUUCUGGAGUGAUUGGAGCAGCCCCUACUAUACCACCAUUAAUAAUAUCAAAGCACCUGAACAGGGACCUGAUUUCUGGAGAGUACUUCAGGAAUAUCCCAAACUGAAUCAGACACAUGUCACUCUUCUCUUCACGCUUUCGCAGAGCGAGGGCCCCUUCUGUUGCGUGGAGGGACUUACAGUUAAGCACCAGACCUCCAGGGGCUCUGUUUGGUCGGAGAAUUUAGGCCGUGUCUCCACCUACUCCUUUUCCUGGACUGAAGAUGUCCACACUGUCACUGUCCUGGCCCACAAUGCCCUUGGAUCUUCAACCAAGAACAGCAACAUGACACUGACCAGACACACCAAAUCGCAAUCCGUCCACUCGUUUAGCUCAAUGAUGGUAAACAGCAGCUGUGUGGCACUCUCCUGGACCCUGUUCCCAAACAGCUCUGCUCCGUCCUCAUUUGUAAUCCAGUGGAGCGGCCAAAGCAGGAGCAGGCAGCAGGACAAGCAGGGGGGGAGAGUGAAGUGGGUGCGGGUUCCCCCCAACAACCGUGCCUUUCACCUACAUGAAACCUUCUUUGCCUCAGAGGAAUACCAGUUUAUUUUGUAUCCAAUAUUUGAGAAUACUGAAGGAGAGCCCAUCUACGCCAAAGAAGACAGGGGGCGCCCCAGGGGAGACCAUGCGGCCUACAUGCUCCUGCUGAUUAUCACCUUCCUGUCAGUGGUCUUGUUUGUGACACUCGCCGUCUCCCAGAAUCAAAUGAGGAAGCUGGUGUGGAAAGAUGUUCCCAACCCCAACAACUGCUCCUGGGCCCAGGGGGUGGAUUUUAGGAAGGCAGAGACCAUCGAAAGCCUUUUCCGACACCCUGAGCGACUGAUAUCCUGCCCUCUGCUCCUGGAGUCGGAGACUAUAUCUGAGGCUGUAAUUGUGGAAAAGACAAGCCCUGCGGUCCAAAACAAUGAGAGGGAUCAAGUCUUGGGCAAAGCCGGACAGGGGGAGACGGCCUCCUCUCUGCCCCCCUGUGGAAACACUGAGGAGCCCCCGGUCCAGGAGACAUCCCUUUCCCCCGGUUCCCCGGAUGACUCAGCCCAGUCCAGAAUCAGCUACGCCAUGGUUCUGUUCCCAGGGACACCUGGCCUCCUGUACAAGCAGCAGGAGAGCCUGAGCAGCUCCUCUGAUGAGGGAAACUUCUCCGCCAACAACUCUGAUAUCUCUGGCUCCUUUCCUGGGGGCUUGUGGGAGCUGGAGAAUCCCCCGUCCAAUGACUCCGAUCCCCGACACUCCUGCUGCUACAACUCUGCUGAGGAGUUCUCUGAAACUUCAGAUCAGGAGGACGAAGUCUUGGAUGGAACAGGUGCAGGAAAAGAACUCUACUACCUGGGCAUGACCUCGCAAAGUGAAGAAGAAGAAGAAGAUGAAAAGCAAGGUGAGGAUGAAGAGGAGGAGGAGGAGGAGGAGGUAGGGGCGAGGUACCCAGGAGAGGAUGCUCAAGAGCUCCCUCUGGAGUCCAGCCCCCUGCUUGGUCGUUGGGAUCCCAGAUUGGACCGGACUGACGCGGCAGCUAAGGGCCCUCCACUGUACGUGCCACAGUUCCGAACUGCGUCCAGGAAGUCCCAGCAGGCCAAAGCAAAGGAGCGGAGUGGAGUGGAGUCCCUCCAGGUCUGAAAGGUUCUGAACUGGGUCCGGGGUGCUGAGCUGGUCUUACUGUGGCUACAGAGGCCACAUGUCGGAUCUCCAUUCUGAACUGUGUCUCACUGUCUGACUGAAGGGCUGCACAAGCCUGUCAUUGUGCAUCUUUCAGAUAAAGGAAUGUAGCCCAUGUGUGUUAAGAGGAAUUCUGACACCCAUAUGGCACUUUAUGCUGUGUUGAAAGGUAAGCAAAGCUUAAACAGGGGUGUGGGUAAGUGCUUUUAGUAGACUGAUCUGUAAAAGACAAGCAGAUGUUGGGUAAUGUUACAAAGGGUGAUUUCUGCCGCAGUCCGCACACUCCUGUUGAUUAAUGAGACAUGAUGCUCAUUGUUACCAGGACACAGAUCGUAUUGGAAGCGUGCUUUAAAAUAAUUUGCAUGGAGAAAAAUGCUUAAAAAAAAUGUCUGUUUUUUCUUUUUCAAAUGUCCUAUAUUUGCAAAUUUGGUUUCUUCAAACAGUGCGCCAUUUAUUUUCUGUGUGCUAUUUUGUAUUGAAAUCAGUUGAUCAAUGUGAAAUAGAAAUAGCGAGGACAGAUUUAAAAUGGAUUUAAUGACUAAAGAGGUUUGCACUGGUUUGUCUAUGGUGAAUACUUUGUGAGAGUGUACAUAAAGAUGAUCAUAUAUUUUUGUGGGUAAAAUAAAGUAUUUAUUGCCAGUUU